AGCGCUUGACUGGAGUGCCCGUAUUGCACGUUUGUAAAAAGGAAUAGGAUUUGUUAGGCACAGGAAAUUAUUUUCCUUUAUUGCCUAUGCAAUUCUUGCCGAAUCGGUAUUUUGUUUAUGUAAUAUUUUCUACUUUAUUUAAUUAAAUAAUACGAAUAUGAGUGAGAAUGCUGAGCAACCAAGAGUUCCAACAUCCGAAGACAUUGCUCAGGCGGAGGCAUACAAGAAUAAAGCAAAUGAAUUCUUUAACAACCAAAAUUAUGAUGAGGCUAUUUCAUUAUAUACCAAAGCUAUCGAGUUGAACCCAACAGUAGCAUGUUAUCAUGGGAAUAGAAGUUUCGCAUACUUGAAGACAGAAUGUUUUGGUUAUGCAUUGACAGAUGCAUCAAAAGCAAUAGAGCUGGAUCGAAAUUAUAUAAAAGGAUACUAUCGAAGAGCAGCAGCAAACAUGUCUCUUGGCAAAUUCAAACUUGCUUUGAAAGAUUAUGAGACAGUAAUGAAAGCUAGACCAAAUGACAAAGAUCCCAAGGCAAAAUUCACAGAAUGUAAUAAAAUUGUGAAAAAACAAGCUUUUGAAAAAGCUAUUGCUGUUGAGGAAAACAAAAAAAGCAUAGCCGAUUCUAUUAAUUUAGAAGCUAUGACUAUUGAAGAUGAAUACAUUGGACCAAAAUUGGAAGAUGAUAAGAUCACACUUAAAUUCAUGCAUGAUCUAUUGGAUUGGUACAAAAAACAAAAUAAACUUCAUAGGAAGUAUGCAUACAAAAUUCUUCUUGAUGUCAAAGCACUUUUCAUGGCACAACCAAGUUUAGUUGACAUCACAGUCCCAGAAAAUAAUAAAUUCACAAUUUGUGGUGAUGUGCAUGGUCAAUAUUACGAUUUACUUAAUAUUUUUGAACUCAAUGGAAUACCAUCAGAAUCUAAUCCUUAUUUAUUUAAUGGAGAUUUUGUUGAUAGAGGAUCAUUUUCCGUUGAGUGUAUAUUCACAUUGUUCGGAUUUAAGUUAUUAUAUCCUAAUCACUUCUUUAUGUCCAGAGGUAACCAUGAGUCUGCUACAAUGAACCAUAUGUAUGGAUUUGAGGGAGAAGUCAAAGCAAAAUACACUGCUCAAAUGGCUGAUUUGUUUACCGAAGUAUAUAAUUGGCUGCCGUUAGCUCACUGCAUUAAUAGAAGGGUUCUUGUGAUGCAUGGUGGUUUAUUCUCAAGAGACGAUGUUACAUUAGAUGAGAUUAGAAAAAUAGAUAGAAAUAGGCAACCACCAGACGAAGGACCUAUGUGUGAAUUAUUGUGGUCCGACCCACAACCUCAAAUGGGCCGUGCUGCAAGUAAGCGAGGUGUUGGAGUACAGUUUGGACCUGAUGUGACUCACCAAUUCUUGCAACUCAAUAAACUAGAUUAUAUUGUUAGAAGUCACGAAGUAAAACAAGAAGGAUAUGAAGUUGCACAUGACGGAAAGUGUAUAACAGUCUUCUCUGCUCCAAAUUAUUGUGAUACUAUGGGUAAUCAAGGUGCUUUUAUCACACUUAAUGGGAACGACAUGAAACCUAAAUUCACUUCAUAUGAAGCAGUGCCCCAUCCAGAUGUGAGGCCAAUGGCAUAUGCUAACUCUCUACUGAAGUUCAUGUCCUAAUAAGAGAUCUAGAGUAACACGUGGAAAAUUACCAAUAAUUAAUCACGAGUAGUUUAAUCAAAUCGUGGAUAAUAUAUUUGAUACCGAAGCAGGGAAGAUAAGGUGCGCUUAUUAUUCUCUGUAGAAUUAAAAAAAAUUGUACUCAAUUUAGGUACAAUACAGACGUAUUACAUAAAGCGAUGCAUAACAUUAAUACGUACAAAAUAACUUGUUUGUUGAAAAAAAAAUUGCGAGCUUGAAUGUACAAAGCAUUUAAUAAUUAUUGAAAGAGAUUUAAUUUUCUUUGAAGAGAUUAAUUUAGUAAAUACAAUUUGGUUUUUUUAUAUACGACAUAUAAUUGAUAAACGCAGUUUUUUUAAAUGAACAAAAAUUUUCGAACAAUUUAUUAAACAAAUAAACGAAAACAUUUAAUAAUCAUGCA